AGCAUUAUAAUCAUCAUUAGACUUGAAUGAUCAUUGACUUAAGGUAGACAUUGCAUUUAUCCGCUUUCAUUGAAAUUGUUGUUGUAAGUCCGCCCUUCUUCCUAUUUUACAUCUUUUGUUGUAUAUUUUGUUUUUAACCCGCUCCGAUCUGCAGUGUUUCUAUUUAUAUGGGCGUGCCUGUGUGUUGUCUUUUGCCCCGCUAUAAUUAUAGCGCAGGUAUUUAUAAUUAUAGCAUUGGCCAUAGCAACUGGCGAAUGUUGUGCAAGCGGGCGUCGUCGCUGCAGGGGGUGGUGGGUGCUUUUCUUUUUUUGUUGGUAGAGAGGUGGCAGGAUGGUGUGGUGAUUGCAGUUUCCUAGGAAUCGAUGUGGCAUAUGGUUAAGGUUCUUCUUCUCUUCCUGUACAGGGGGAAAAAUCAAGUCUCCCUAUGAAAAUUUCUACUAUCACAUGUAUAGUUUUUAGUGCUUAGAAAAGUGAUUCAUUCUUACGAUUAAAUAUAAAAUACCAACUACAUUUUUUUGUUUACAAAAUUUACAUAAAAAUUUGGAAAUAUUUCUUUUAGACUCUUAUUUUUUUGCCGUGUAAGAUGCGAUUGUUGUUGAUAUGUUUUGAGUGAUGAUGUUGUUGACGGUUCUCUAUUGCAGAAGCCAAAUGCCCAUUUGUCUACCCAAGUUUUCUCUCUCUGUGGCCCCCCUGUCUUCUCCUGUCUUUCUCCUCAUCUCGGUUCUGCUUUCCCCUUUCUUCUUCCCCCCAAUCUUCAGCGCUUUGUGCUCUUCUUGCGGCGCUCUUUCUCUGCCAUCCCAUAUUGCCAUCGUAACAGUUUCGAAAUUUGUGUUUAUAUUUGAUUUUUUCGCCAGUUGGGCCAGUCGGCCGAGUGAAACUGAAAUGAAAGUGCCUCCCUCAUUUCCCAGCGAAUGCCGAGGCCAAAGCGUACGCGCCAAAUACCUAAAGGAAAAUAUACAACAGAAACAAAAUACUUAAAUAAAAAGAAUCUUAAAUAAUAGAAAGCAAAACAUAAGAAAAAAAACUGAAAACUUAAAACCUAAAACAACAUCCAUCAUUCAACUUUAGCACAAACACGCAGUUUUUUUGGAAAUUCCAUGAAAAUAAGUGCCUGACCAAAAAGUUUAUAACCAAAUAUCGAAAGCAAACAGCCAAAGACUAAACAAAAAAAACAAAAAAACGAUAUUAUAAAACAAAGAAAUCCAAGAAAACAAAAAAAGAAACAAAAGUGGCAGCCGAAACCAAAGAUUAUUUAUUGAGUGAACUCAAGAAGAGUCAGGAGUUGCAGAAGCGACGGCUUUUCCACACGUUUCAGGAGCAAUCGAAGCAAAUGGAAUUGGAGCAUAAACUCCAAUUGGAGCACAAGUAUCAAUUUGCGGUGAAUUCACAUGGCGCUUUCCAGGAAUUGACAGUGACAGCCGCCGCGCUGGCUGAGGAGCAACAUCGCCAGCAGCAACAUCAACAUCAACCGCAACAACAGCAGCAGCAGCAGCAGCAACACCAACACCAGCAGCAGCAACAGCAACAUCAGUCGCAACAGCAGCAGCAACAUCAACAACAGCAACAGGGACGCGGCAGGGACGGUAUGAAACUCAAGCAAAAUUGUAGCGCCAAUGCCAGUCCCGAGGUCAAACAGAUUCUCAAUUGCUUCAUCAUGAGCAGGAAGUCGCAGGCGGCGGCUUCGAAUGGGACAACGACAACGUCUCCUUAUAGGAAUCGUGGCGUGGUGAAGAGCUCCUCGGGCGAAUCCCUCCCAGCUGGAACCGUGACCAGUGCGCAUCCGUACAAAAUACCUCAGCCGCCCUCCUCACUGCUCAAAUAUGAAUCUGAUUUUCCGCUGAGGAAGACAGCAUCCGAACCGAACCUGCUGAAGAUCCGGCUGAAGCAGAGCGUCAUCGAGCGCAAGGCCCGUAUCGGUGGACCGGCCGGAGCCAGGCGCCACGAACGCCUCCUCCAGGCGGCGCAGCGCAGGCAGCAAAAGAACUCCGUUCUCACAAAUUGCAACAGCACACCGGAUUCAGGGCCCAAUUCUCCGCCCUCGGCAGCUGCAUUGGCUGUAGGCGUGGUGGGCAGCCGUGGAUCACCGACAAGUGCACCCAUUCAGGAGGAGAACGAGGAGGGCAGCCAAUAUCAGCCGGGUCCCAGGAGCAGCAUCAACGAUUUGCCAUUGUUUAGUUCACCAUCGAUGCCCAAUAUUUCGCUGGGGCGACCGCAUUUACCCAACUCGGCGCAGGCAUAUGCCCAGGUGGAUGCCCAGGCCCAGGCACAGGCUCAUGCUCAGGCCCAGGCUCAGGCACAUGCCAUGUUCGCGGCACUGCAUCAGCAUGUGGCUGCCGCUCAAGGUGGCUGCGGACAGCCGGGCUAUUACAAUCCAUUGGGAAUGGCAUUCGUUGGUCGCCAGCCAGCACCGUUGGCCAUGAUUCCUGCCACGGGGAUUGCACCGCAACAACCGUCGCCCGUAGUGCGCAGUGCAUCGGCCACCUCGACAUCCUCGUCGCAGGCCUCGUUGGUAGGUGAUGUGGCACCACCACAGGCUCAUGCCGCCUCCACCAUUCUGCCCUCGUCCUCAUCCUAUAUGCAGCAACUGGGUGGCGUAACCGGUUCGGCAGUUAAUCUCCAUGCCGCCGCUGUGGCUGCAGCUGCAGCAGCAGCAGCCGCUGCCGGUUCACUGCCACCAACAAAUAGUCAUGGUCAUGGUCACGGCUCCCAUGCUCAUGCCCAUGGACAUGGUCAUGGUCAUGCCCUGUACGGAGCACAUCAGCACAAUGUGCCCAUCACGGAUGCCCAGGUGGCGCAAGUGCAUCUGCACAAGCAGGGCCAUCGACCGCUGGGUCGGACGCAGUCAGCACCACUGCCCCUGGGUCAUCCAAUGCUAACCGGAGCCGGGCAGUUGAAUGUGGUCCAAACGCACUACGAGAAUAGCGAGGCGGAGCGCCAAGCGUACGAGCACCAGGUGCUUAAUCAGAAACUCCGCCAGACCGUCCUAACACGCAGUGGAGCAGCUGCAGCCGCCGCCGCUGCUGCCGGUGUGAGUGUAGUGCGUGAGGCGCAGUUAAAGGAGGAGGAUGAUGACUCGGCUGCCGAGGUUAUGGACCUUACUGACAAAAAGAAACCGCCGAAAACGGUGUUGACCAACACGAUAGCAACCAGUACGUCCCAGAAUCUGCCCGAAGCAUUGGCGGCAGCGGUGGCCGCAGCCGCCUACCGUGCCGCUCCCUCCACGUCCAGUAACUCCGCCUCUGUCACAAAGUCCGGUAUCAAGCUGCGGGAUCAGGAGUAUCUGCAACAGCAGCGAGAGCAACUAUUGUUAAGGCAGCAAGAUGAGGAAUUGGCCAAGGGUCUAAUGCGUCCACUUUCGCGAACUCUGAGUAGUCCAUUGGUGCCGCUGGGGCCGCAUGGUCUUAGUCAGAUUCCCGAUACUGGACAACAGCCAGCACCAAUAGCCACAUCAUCGUCGGCUGAUCAUAUACCGCCCGUGAACCUCACGCUACCGCAUCGCCAGCACCGCCAGCUGAGCACCCUGUAUGCCAGCCAAUUGCGUAACCACCAGCCACCUACGAGUGGUUCACCGCCGCACAAGGUCACCACUGGAUUGGCCUAUGAUCCGCUUAUGCUAAAGCAUUCGUGUAUUUGCGGUGACAAUGCCCAGCAUCCGGAGCACAGUGGUCGGCUGCAGAGUGUUUGGGCACGGCUUAAUGAAACGGAUCUGGUGAAGCGUUGCGAUCGAUUGCGUGCCCGCAAGGCGACACAGGAGGAGCUGCAGACGGUCCACACGGAGGCGCAUGCCAUGCUCUUCGGUUCGAAUCAGUGCCAGUUAAGCAGGCCCAAGUUGGAGAAUACAUUGUCGGCGAGCUUUGUCCGUUUGUCGUGCGGCGGUCUGGGUGUUGAUCUGGAUACCACGUGGAAUGAGCAUCAUACGGCAACCGCUGCACGAAUGGCCGCCGGAUGUGUGAUCGAUUUGGCAUUGAAGACGGCCAAGGGGGAUCUGCGGAAUGGUUUCGCCGUUGUCCGGCCGCCGGGCCAUCAUGCGGAGGCCAAUCUGGCCAUGGGCUUCUGUUUCUUUAACUCGAUAGCCAUUGCGGCCAAGCUACUUCGCCAGCGAAUGCCCGAGGUGCGGCGCAUCCUUAUCGUUGAUUGGGAUGUGCAUCAUGGCAAUGGCACUCAGCAAGCAUUCUACCAAAGUCCCGACAUUCUAUAUCUUUCCAUACAUCGACACGAUGACGGUAAUUUCUUUCCCGGCACUGGUGGACCCACAGAGUGCGGCUCCGGUGCUGGUCUCGGCUUCAACGUGAACAUUUCAUGGUCUGGGGCACUUAAUCCGCCGCUGGGUGACGCCGAGUAUAUCGCUGCAUUCCGUACCGUUGUGAUGCCCAUCGCGCGGAGCUUCAAUCCGGACAUUGUGCUUGUCUCCUCUGGCUUCGAUGCGGCCACCGGCCAUCCGGCCCCGCUGGGCGGCUAUCAUGUCUCGCCGGCCUGCUUUGGUUUUAUGACCCGCGAACUCCUCCAGCUGGCCAAUGGCAAGGUGGUUUUGGCCCUUGAAGGCGGCUAUGAUCUGGCUGCCAUUUGUGAUUCCGCCCAGGAGUGUGUAAGGGCGCUGCUCGGUGAUCCCGCUGCACCGAUAGCCAAGGCCGAAUUGGAGCGACCGCCUUGCCAGAAUGCCAUCAAUACGCUCCAAAAGACGAUAGCCAUUCAGCAAACGCAUUGGCCCUGCGUGAGGAUGCUGGAACAUACGGUGGGUCUGUCCGCGCUGGAAACGCUCAAGGUGGAGCACGACGAGUCCGAGACGAUCAAUGCCAUGGCUGGCCUCUCGAUGCAAUCGAUGCACAGAACCCUAUCCCGCGAUGAUUCCGAGGAGCCGAUGGAUCAGGAUGAAACCAAAUAGGUGGCGAAGCAAAUUGGAGAUUUGGGGCAAGAAGACGAAGGGCGAGGCGAAGAUAUGUGGGCGUGGCAGGGGGAAUGGCGAGAGGGCGUAGCCGCAAGCUGCUCAAUGCACAUUUAGUUAUUUGUUGUAGUUGAAUUGAUUGUUGUUGCUGUUGUUGUUGUGGCGCUCGCUUGCAAUUGUUGUCGUUGUCAUUGAUCGUCUAUAGCCACAUCUAUCUCUCUCACUCGAUCGAGAAUAUAUAUCUAUAUAGCUAUAGCUAUAUGUUAGUCCUCACCCAAAUCCCUACCCAAAAAUGAGAAACAUCGAAAAAUAAAGUAGGGGAAAAUGUCUAAAAAGAAGCAGAACAGGGCCUAAAGUUCAAAAUGGUGGCUGUGCCUCCAAAAAAGAAAAUAAUUAUAAUAAUUAGAAAAACAAGAACCCUUAGAAACUGGGGAAUUUUAUAUGAAUAUAUAGUCUAUAUACAAAUAUAGUAUAUAUCGGAUGGAGAAUUUAGUUGGUAGAAUUCCUUGAGAGAUUUUUUUUUUUUUUUUUUUUUUAGAAGGUGAAAGAUGAGGUAUUUUAACGCACACACACACACACACACAAACACACGCAACUCAAUGUAUCUUAUUAUUAUUAUUUAAGUAAGUGUGUUAAAAAAAAGGAUAUAGAACCACUAACAUAAUGGUAAUAUAAACUAUAAAGUUAAAGUUAAAAGGAGAUCAGGUGCAAGAAGCGUGUGUUUAUUUCUUUUUUUUUUUUUCUUAUUGUUCGAUAAGGUUGAACCUCAAAGUUUCCCAAAUAUAUAUAAUACCCCACCACGCCCACUUUAUCCCGCCCGCCCAGAUGAAGAUCGAGGGAGAGAGUGGAUUAGGUGUUAUGUAGAAUGCUUUAGUUGAUAUAAGAAUAUGAGAAAAACUUUACAACUAACAUGUUAAAAGAAGAAAGCAAAAAAGCGAAAAACUGAGAAAUCUUUUUGUACAAUUUAUAGUUUAGUGCAAGUUUCAAGUACAACAUACUAUUAUUUAAAGAAUUCUAUAUAUAUACAUAUAUAAAUAUAUAUUGUGCAAUAAAUGUGAGAAAAUGAAAAUCGAGUGCAGAGCAAAAACAAAAUCACACAAAAACAGAAACUAAAACUAAAACGAAUAAGAGAAAAUUGUUGUUAAAUGUUGCCGAGAUCUUAUAUACGUAUGUAUACCUAAUAACUGUUACAAUAAUAACCCAUUAUAUAUAUUUGAAUAUAUAUAUAUAUAUAUAUAUAUAUAAAUAAAUGCACAUGUGUAUUCACCGUGUGUGUAACGAUAACGAUGUUCAACAAAUGUCUGAAAUGAAGUAAAACUAUUAUUAUAUGUAAAUAAAACACAAAACAAAGUGAACAAUUUUAAUAAAAAAAAAAACAAACAAAAAAAGCUACAAAAUCCGAAAAACAUUCACGCUCACCCAUAUACACACACACACUCACAUAUAUACGUCCUGGGCAGGACCCGUAAGGCGUGGAUCGGGAAUUAUCUGGAAUACCCGUUUAACCGCUAACCGUUAACUGUAAAAGCGCUGUAAUUGUAUUUGUACUCGUGUACCUUUAGCUGUUUAUAGCCGUCUCUCUCUAACUCGCUACCUUACCAAAAAAGUAAAGCAGCAACUCAAAAUAACGGAUUAUGGACAAAGAAGAAGCAACAGACAAGGAUCAAAAACUUUUAGCAAGCGAAGAGAAAGAAGAGAAUGUGGAGUAACAAGAAGAAUAAGCACAACGAGAGAUGGACCGAUUAGGCUCCAACUGGAUGAAACAAUUGUUAACAAAACGAAGCAGAAACUAAAAAAAAACUAAACUUUAAAAACAAAAAAAUUAAAUCACAAAUGUAACUAUUAAUCUAAGGAAAGAAUAAUGCCAUUGCUAGGGUUUUUAUAUUUCAAUUUUCAUCCUGAUUUUUUCCUUUGCCUACAAAGUCCUAAAUAAAAACCUUAUUUCAGAAACAUGAAAAGUUAGAAUGAUGAAUUUUGUAACUUAGAUAAUGUAUUGAGUUGCUUUAAUAUAAAAUUCGAAAUAUCCUAUAUUCUCUGUUUUUUUAACUACAAUUUCCCUUAUCAUUGCUUUAACUAAAUAUAAUUUUUAGUUAUCUUAAAUUUCACACCUCCAUCAUUCAUUUACCUCUUCUGAUAGUUUAUUUUUAACUGAUAACAAGAAACAUAAAAACAAAUUAUACUAACAAAGUGAAAUAUUGUUGUUGCGCACUGCAAAAAAAAAAGAAAACAAAAAAUAAUUCCAUAAGCUGAGAAAUAGUAAACAAAAUGGUUUUAGCAAAAUGAAAACAAAAUCAAAUAUUUAUAUAUUUUGUUUAUUGUUGCACAAAUAAGUCCAAGGAAAAGAAAACAUUUAAGAGUAAUAAUGUGUGUCGCUUUUUCUAAACGAAAUAAAACGAAGAAAUCGUCAAGAGUA